AUCUCUUUCCACUGGGACGUGAAAUUUGAAGAAAACCGGCACUCUACAUAUUAACAAUUCCCCUCACAAUCCAGUCUACAGCAGCUAUCUAUCCAUUUCCCCUCCCCCUCCAAUUCCACGAUGACGAUCGCCGACUGGCAACUAAAGGUCCAGGCCAAGCAGGUCGAAGUGGCCGCUAAGAUCCCUAAGGAAUGGCGACUGCCCAGCGAGAUCACCGAAAACAUCUCGCAGGACUCCAAGAAGAGUGUCAUAGACGUCCCCAGAACCUGCGGCCUCCUCACACCCAGAGAGCUUGAAAUCACCGAAAACUACGAUGCCACUGAUCUCCUCCAGAAGCUCGCCUCUCGCGAAUUCUCUUCGGUCGAAGUCACAACCGCAUUCGCCAAGCGUGCGGCCAUCGCCCAGCAGGUGACUUUUUGCCUGACCGAGACCUUCUUCGACAUGGCGCUGGCCCGCGCAAAGGAGCUCGAUGACCAUCUAGCCAAGACGGGGAAGACCGUUGGUCCCUUCCACGGCCUCCCAAUCAGUCUUAAGGAGACCUUCAACAUCACCGGCGUCCCAACCACCCUCGGAUUUGUCUCUUUCCUCGAUCGACCCGCAGCAACUCACGACUCGGCCUUGGUGCAAAUUCUACUGGGGGCUGGUGCGGUUCUGUACUGCAAGACCAAUGUUCCCCAGACCAUGAUGACUGGAGAUUCGCACAACAACGUCUUUGGCCGCUGUCUAAAUCCCUACAGCUUGAAUCUUAGCGCUGGCGGCAGCAGCGGCGGUGAAGGUGCACUUGUUGCUAUGCGAGGCUCUCCCCUGGGUGUUGGAACCGAUAUCGCGGGUUCUAUUCGAAUUCCAGCCCUGGCCAAUGGUACAUAUGGAUUCAAGCCAUCGAUUAUGAGAAUUCCGUACGCCGGGCAAGGUUCCGCCAGUCGGCCAGGCCUGACUGGCGUCGCCCCUUGCGCAGGUCCACUGACCAAUUCCGCCAGGGAUCUCGAACUCUUGCUCAAGGUUGUAUUCAACUCGAACGCAGCGGAUCUGGACGACAUGGCUCUUGGAACCCCAUGGCUCGAGCCGACCCCUAAAACAACCCUCACAAUCGGUGUUAUUCCUGAAGACCCGGAGUGCCCAAUUCACCCCCCCAUGCAGCGUACUUUGAAGAACGCUAUCCAGAAACUUGAAGCCGCAGGCCACAAGAUCGUCGACCUGACUGGUAAAUUCCCAUCCAUCGCCGACAUGAAGACCGUCACGAUGCGAUACUUCAACAUGGAUCCGGACAAGACCGUCUUCAAGGCGAUCACCAGCAGCGGCGAGCCGUUCAUCCCAUCGCUCAAAUGCACAUUCGACUUCAGCGGAACCAGCCCUGAACCAACCCUUCGUGAGCUCUAUGACCUAAACGCUGCGAAGAUGAAGUACACUGCGCAAAUGCGCGCCGUCUACCUGGACAACAAGUUGGACGUUCUCCUCGGCCCAGCCUUCCAAAGCUGUGCGCUGCCGCACGAUGCUCUGGAGAAGCCGUUCUAUACCAUAUUCGCCAACCUUGUGAAUUAUCCGGCCUCCGUCAUCCCCUUUGGUCGCGCCGAAAAGGCCGCUGACGCGGCGUUCGUGCGACAAGUCCAAUACGAUCCUCCAUACCUCCCUGACGAAAGCGAGGGCGCUCCAUGCCACGUUCAGCUCGUCACAAGGACCAUGCAGGACGAAAUUCUUCUCCGAUAUACUCUGAUUGUGGAUAAAGCCCUAAAAGCCUAGAAAGAGACCUAGGGUAACUUUUUAGGGUUUGCUAAUCAUAUAUGAUCUCAUAAUAUAG